AUGAAUGACUUUAGUCAUGUGAUCAGAUGAGAACUGUUCUGACUUUAAAUGUCCGUCUCUGUAUCCAGUGGAAACCAUGGUCUCCAUCAUGGGAAUGCUGGCCGUGUGUGUGCUGGUCUGUGCUGUGAUGGUUCAGAUCAAAGCUGCUGCUGUCCAGGAUGCUGAUGUAAAGAAGUCUGAAGCUACGAAUGACCUGGUGAAGCGUUCGAGACCUUGUGGUUACGGCUGGACACAAAUCCACGAUCGCUGUUUCCGCUACAUCCCUGUACUCCAGACUUGGUCUCGAGCUGAAAGAGACUGCAGGUCCAAGGGGGCGACCCUUGCAUCUGUUCACGACAUCCAGGAGUACCAUGAGAUUCAAAGGCUGAUUUUAACUGCCACUCACAGUUAUCAGGAAACCUGGAUUGGAGGCUCUGAUGCCCAAGAGGAGGGUCUUUGGCUGUGGAGCGAUGGCAGUGCUUUCCAUUACACCAACUGGUGUGGAUCGCAUAUUAAUCACGGACGCAACUGGAACUGCCUUCGAAUGAAUCAUUCAGGGGGGAAAUGCUGGGAUGAUUACACAUGUCAAACACGUCUACCGUACGUCUGCGCCAAGAAUAUGUAAAGAGACAUCUGUCACACAGGCCUGAUGAAGACGACCAACAUUAGGGAAGCUCUGCUGCUCUUUGAGUUAAUGCCUCUUAUUUCUUUCAAAUCAAGCUUCGCUUUAGUUUCUAGAAAGCAGCCAAUGAGGGAUGAUCCAUCAUGUCUGAUGAUCAAACAGAAAGAGUUGAUGGAAAAAUGCUGAAAGCUAAACUUCACUUGUAUAUCUGUUCUUUUCUGUUCUUUUAUUCCGUUAAACAUUUGAAGCAUGAAACAAACUGUGUCAUGAGUGUUGUAUAUACUUUGUUGGCAAUGACAGCAUUAGAACAUUUUCUGUAAGUCUUGAUAAAAUUUCCCAAACUGUUGCUGGUAUUUUGGUCCAUUCCUCCUCUAGAGCAGUGAUGUUUUGGGCAAACAUCGAUGGGCAAUACAGACUUUCAACUCCCUCCAAAGAUUUUCUACUGGCUGGAUCACUCCAGGACAUUGAAGUGCUUCUUAUGAAACCACUUUAUUGUUACCCAGGCUGUGUGUUUGGGAUCAUGCUGAAAGACACAGCCACGUUUCAUCUUCAGUGCUGAUAGAAGAAGGUCUAAAUCUGACCAUACAUAGCCCUAUUCAUUCUGUCCUUUACACCAGGGGUGGGCAUUUAUUUUCUCUAUGGGGCCACAUGAGAAAGGGAAAAUAUUCUGGAGGGCCAGGCCAAAAGGCUGAACUCAAUUCUCGAAUAUUAAUUGCAUUUCGUUAUAAAAAGGCAGUAAAUACCAUUGUUUAAAAAGCUUGUAAGAGUUUAUGUUAUAAUAAAGCAAUGAAAAAUUGA